GGAAGUGUAUUGUGCUCCUUGCAUUUAUUAUAAUAACAUUGUUUUACUGGAAAAUAGCAUUGAUUUUGCCUGUAUUAUAUUGACUUAGCAUUGCAUGCAUUAGCUAUUAUUAAACUAGCGGACUAUUUACUGUCGUUUAUGUGACCGAUUUGAAAGAGUUUGAUACGCUGAACAUUGGUAGCUAAACAGCUAACACACUAACCCACGCAGAUUAUUAAAAAUGAAGCUGUCUCGAGCUGAAUACAAGGAGAUAGUGAAAUGCACCGAACAUUUGAGACCCACGCGUCAAUGUAUGACGAUACUGAGGCAAAGAUUUCCAAAUCACUCGCAGUCCACUCUUCUGAGCAUCUUCUCCCUGGAGUACCAGAAAAGGACCAAAAGAACCAUGUCAAGGCAUCAAGCCCCGGAUAGCAUUGAAAGCUACUACCAAAGGUACCUGAGCGAAGCCAAGGCACGUCCCUCGUUCCCUGUCCUCUUGGAGCUGGCCAAUGAGGUGGACCUCUCCCCUGCGCUCAUGGCUCGCAUCAUUGUGGACAGGUUCCUUCAGGAUCAGGAGGGCAGUGUGUAUAUGACCAAGAUUGGUGCUGGAGCAAGACUCGCACAUUCAUACAUCCGUUUUGUUUUGAAUAAUGAGAGCCAGGGCACUUCAUUAGCAAGGAGGGAGGAAGCAAGAAAAAGAGUCGGAGGAGGGGGUUGUGGGCAAGCCUCCAAGCAAGUCCUCAACAACAUGCUACGGGAGCCGUCUUUGAUUCCAGACCAGGCUUUAGCCAAUCACGUCUACCAGUGCACAAUAAAUGACUGCUGUUAUGGACCACUGGUAGACUGCAUCAAACAUGCUAUUGGCCAGGAGGCCGAGGUGCUCCUACGUGACAAACUGAAGGAGAGAAACCUGUCCUUCUUAGAUGAAAACCAACUGCGAACCAAAGGUUAUGACAAGACGCCUGACAUUAUUCUGGAGGUGCCAAUCGCUGUGGAAGGCCAUAUUGUCCACUGGAUUGAGAGCAAGGCCUCGUUUGGGGACGACCACAGCCAUCGCACCUACCUGAACGAGCAGUUCUGGAGCUACUGGAACAGGUUUGGUCCAGGACUGGUCAUCUACUGGCAUGGUUUCAUUGGUGAGCUGGACAGCCAGAGAGACAGAGGCAUACUGCUCAAAGACUGCUUCCCGUCUGACAUUGUGACCCUCUGCCACGGGACCAGCCCAGCCACGACUGACUCACUGACUGGCUGACACUGGCCUGAGCAAGGGGAGGGAGAGGAGAGGGCAGGGGGAGUGGUAGGGUUAAGGAAGGGUAUCGCAGAGGUGGAUACGUGGAUACGGAAGCAAUUUAGCUUUCCUGCGGCGCAAGACUACUGGCAAAUAUCUGCUCUGAACUCUAGAUGAACCUCCCUCCAUCCCCUCCUCUCCCAUUCUCUCUUUGUCAGCCAGCCAGCCAGGGUCAGCCUCAUACCUUGGUGCGAAAACAAGGCUGGGAGUUUGUCCUGGUGCUGGUCAGCCUGUAGCCCCCACCGUGGCCCCGGAGGCCCCUGGAAGAGAACAGGACAUGCCCUUAUCACACAGUGGGCCCUGGCCCUCGUCACUCGUUCCUCUGCUCUCCAUAGGCAGAUAAGGGAGGUGGGGUUUGGUGGAAAUGGGGGUGAGGGAGGAUGUCUUAUCUACCUUCUACGUCACUCACUGACCUCUGUCACUCUGUAGGGGGCAAACAGAUCCCUUCUGAUUGGCUUGGGACUUUUCUCUGACCUCUUGCCCUCUGUUGUUGAGGAUGUUGUCUUUGUUAUGAUAUGUCACAUUGAUAGGAAAACAUUGUCCUGGUCAAACAGGUUUAUAAAUCUAAACAUUUGUAUCUGUAUCUUUUAUGUCUGUCUUAAAUAUUUAGCUAUUGACUUAUGGACUUUAGGUUCAGUCCUGUUUUGUAAUUGAAAACCAUAUGGAAUGCACUCGUCACUGUAAUUAUUUAAGAUGAAUGACGAAAUGUUAUUAUCCAAGUUUACGAACAAGCACUCGCACAAAGCACAGUACAGUAUGUCCUGUGCGAGACACAAGUACAAGUUCACAGAUGGUGUUAGAGCCACAGCAGCGUAGCGUAGACUUCUACGUGCAUACCUGAUGUCCAUGUGGUCUCCCCAGCAGUCGUCUGUUGCUCAUCUUUCCACCCUUAGAUAGAUCCUUUUAUGAGCAGCUCUUAAUGGAAGAAACACGGCUGAGCCUGGAGCAGUGGCGUGGGCAGCGUAAAGUCAAAUGUUUUUUUAAAAAGGCAUAUACAGUGCUCUCAGAAAGCAUUUAUACCCCGUGACUUAUUCCACAUUUUGUUGUGUUACAGCCUGAAUGAAAAAUGUAUUCAAUGUUUUUUUUUUCCCACCCAUCUACACAAAAUACCCCUUAAUGGCGAAGUGAAAAAGUUGUUUUUUUAAGUGUUUGCAAAUGUAUUAAAAAUCAAAUGAAGAAA